AGCCGGACGGCGUCUUCCGCGCAGGCGCGGCGCUCGGGGGGCGGGGCCGGGAGCGCCGCGGUGCGCAGGCGCAGCCGUCGGUGGGUCGGGGUUCGGCCGCUUGAGAGCUCCUGGAACCCCGCGUUGUCUCCACCCAUCCCAAGAUGGAUAACAAGAAGCGCCUGGCCUACGCCAUCAUCCGCUUCCUGCACGACCAGCUGCGGCACGGCGGGCUCUCAUCCGACGCCCAGGAAAGCUUGGAAGUUGCGAUCCAGUGCCUGGAGACCGCUUUCGGGGUGACGGUGGAAGACCGUGACCUCGCGCUCCCUCAGACUCUCCCGGAGAUAUUUGAAGCUGCCGCCAUGGGCAAGGAGAUGCCGCAGCACCGGGACCCAGAGCGAACCCCGCCGUCGGAAGAGGAUUCAGCCGAGGCGGAGCGCCUCAAAACCGAAGGAAACGAGCAGAUGAAGGUGGAGAACUUCGAGGCCGCCGUGCACUUCUACGGGAAAGCCAUCGAGCUCAACCCCGCGAACGCCGUCUACUUCUGUAACAGGUACGUCCUGGCGCUGUCCAGCUUGAACAAGCACACAGAGGCCGUGGUCUACUACAAGAAGGCCCUGGAGCUGGACCCCGACAACGAGACGUACAAGUCCAACCUCAAGAUAGCGGAGCUGAAGCUGAGGGAGGCGCCCAGUCCCACGGGCGGGGCCGGCAGCUUCGACAUCGCAGGCUUGCUGAACAACCCCAGCUUCAUGAGCAUGGCUUCCAAUCUGAUGAACAACCCCCAAGUCCAGCAGCUCAUGUCUGGGAUGAUUUCCGGUGGCCACAACCCCCUGGGGACUCCUGGCACCAACCCCUCGCAGAACGACCUGGCCAGUCUCAUCCAGGCGGGCCAGCAGUUCGCUCAGCAGAUGCAGCAGCAGAACCCAGAGCUGAUUGAGCAGCUUCGAAGUCAGAUCCGAAGUCGGACGCCCAGUGCCAGCAACGACGACCAGCAAGAGUGACCGCCCACCCGUCGCAGUGGCAUCGGGCCCUUCCCAGCCAGUCAGAGGCCUCCGUGCAUCCUGCCGUUUGCUCCCGUUGGACUGCCCGAGAGAGAAAAAGAAAAAGAAUUGGACCUGCAUGUUCAGACGGAUUUCUACGAUUUUUAUUUUAUCCUCCGCCCCCCCCCCUUCCCUUUUUGUAUGCCCUCACGGCCCCAGACCUUCUCAGAACAGAGCCAGCAAGCUGUGAACACGGACCAGCACCGAUCUCCCCCAGCCCCCGGAAACCCAGCCACUAAAGUAUUUUCUAGAAUGUUCUGGGGUGGAGAUGGGCCUCAGGCCACUCUCCCAAGCAGCGGCCAGUUGUAUGUCCAGCCGCGUCAUAUCCCCUCUUCCUACAGGCCCCCCCGCGCCUCGGUCUGUCUGCAGGGGGCCCCCCAGCGCAGGAGAAGCUGCUUUCUGAGUCGGCCUUGGCCACCCGGCCACACCCUGCUGGGACAAGCUCACUGCCAGCCCCAGUCUGAGCACCAGCAUCCCCCGGGCCUUUGGACCACCAGUUCUUACGUGAGGGGACUCUGGCUGCAGACUCCUGGAAGACCCUUGUUUCCCAGGCCGUGGGGACAGCUGGGGACCUCUUCUCAUUGACGUUUUGACAGAUUUACGUUUCACCCCUUCAGGCCUCUCUCCCCAGCACUUGCCCAGCAGACCGCAAGGGGCGUGCUCAUGACCUUGGUUUGGGCCUGGCCCCGAGCCAUCCCCACCGUCCUAGCCUGUCUGUGUGUCCCGCCCGGUGCUCGGGGCCCUGGUGUCACCCACCUCGGCCCAUGAUUGCCAGGCGUCCUCCUAGGAGGGCAAACGCAGUCGGGCUGGGCAGCCUGCCCAGGACUCGAGGCCACCAUGGCCGUCCCGCAGCCCCUGCUUGGGCGGGGAGUUGGGGGACCUGCUGGCCCCCCUGUGCCAGCAGCAGUGUUGGAGGCUCCCUGGUGGUCUGCGAGGUCGCCUGUGCCGUGUGUGUUAUAGGAAACUAGUAGGAAGAAGGGCCACCACCAGCCACCAGCAGUUUUUACUCGGCCUGCAAGGUGGCCCUAACCCUUGAAUGCUAGCCAUGGUGACAAGCGUAACGUGUGGGAAAUAAAUAGACGUUGUGACCUCU